AUGGCGCAAGUGGUGCACUACGGGCGGGCGAAAGGGGCCGCGAGCGGAAGCCGCGCGUCCAGUGUCCGCGCCCAGGUCCGUGCCGCGAAGCGUUCAUCCGAUAGUGGCGUCGAGGAGGCGAUCAAGCCCGGCGCGCUGCUCAAGACGCUGCUGGACGACCCGGUACGCUUUGUGGGCUCCCAGCGCGAGGAGCUCAAGGCGGGCAUGAGCCUCGAGGCGGCGCGUGCUGCGCGAUACGAGAUCGUGAAUGAUUUGGCGCCUACCGAGCGUGCCCGCCCCCGCGCCUCGUACACCGAAGAGGCCGAGGAGGAGGAAAAAGAGGCGGCGCCAGUGUCGAGCGCGCAAAGCCUCUACACGCCGCGUCUCGUGGCACGCUUUCCCCGCGCGCAGAUGCGCGCCGCAGGCUUGCACAACCGCGGAAACACUUGCUAUUUGAACAGCGUGAUGCAGGCGCUGCUGCACACGCCGCCGCUCGCUUCGGCGCUGCUCACCCAGAGCCUGCCGACGCUCCUUGGGCGCUUUGGCGUGCCGCACACGUCCAAGCAGGCGACCAAGGCUGCCAACAUGUUCAACACAGUCGCUGCCCUGAAAGAGUUCUUUGAGCGCGCGUGGCAAGGAGGAAGCUGCACGCCGGCGCAGUUUAUCCAGCACCUGCGCAAGUUUGCCAAGCCGCUGCGGCCAGGGCGCCAGGAGGACGCGCACGAGUACCUGCGUCUGCUGCUCGAGGCGAUGCAGCAGGCGAGCACCUGCUUCGCGACCGAGAAGCUGCGUCACGACGAUCCGCUGCUCGCCACGACGCUGGUGCAGUCCAUCUUUGGCGGGCGCCUGCGCAGCCGCGUGAGCUGCCACAGCUGCCGCUACAACUCGGACACCUUUGACCCGAUCAUGGAUCUGAGCCUGGACGUGAGAAAAGGCAUCAACAGCGUGAAGCAGGCGCUCGACGCGUUUACUGCGCCCGAGUCGCUGAGCGGCACGGAAAAGUACAAGUGCGACAGCUGCAAGAAGCGUGUCGACGCGACGAAGCGCUUCAGCAUCGACGCCGCGCCGAUGGCGCUCACGGUGCACCUCAAGCGUUUCGGCAUCUUUGGCAACAAGAUCAACCGCCCGGUGUCGUACGGUGAGCGUCUGCACCUCGGCAAGUACAUGAGCGAGCGCACGAAAGGCUUUGGCGCAGACGACGCGUCUUUGAGCACGGCUGGCGCCGCGCAGCAGUACCGCCUCUAUGCGAUCGUGCACCACUUUGGCAGCGGGCCGAACGUGGGGCACUAUGUCGCAAGUGUCCGUGCGCCGGAUGGCCAGUGGAUGCGCAUGGACGACUCGUACGUGACGCGCCUGUCGCACUGCCCGGUCGACGACCCGAGCGCCUACCUUCUCUUUUACGUGCGCGAGCCGGUCGCGCUGGACGUCGUCACCGCGUCGCUCGCGCCGCUCGCGUCGCCCGAAAAGGCCGCGCGCCUCUCGGCUUCGCCCGAGAAGCGCAAGGUGCUCUCGCCAGAAAAGCGCAAGAAGCGCAAGGAGCGUGCGCUGUCGCUGGACGACGACGCGAUUGGCGAGCCGCUCGAGCGGGGCGCGUACGAAAGCCUCGUCAAGAGCCGGCGAACGCAGACCAGCGACAGCUCGGACGAGGCGAGCGUCGACAUGGAGCUGCCCGCGCUGCCGCCGGCCGACUCGGCCAAGACACGGCGCGAGCUGAAGAAGCGCAAGAAGCGGCGAAUGGCACUCGCGCCACGUACAUAG